UCGGUCACUUCCUGCGCGGCGCGGCGUGGCCAGGCGGCUGGGUGCCGGGAAGGUUCAGUCGGCAGCAAGAUGCGUAUCGAGAAAUGUUACUUCUGCUCCGGGCCCAUCUACCCGGGACACGGGCUCAUGUUCGUGCGGAACGACUGCAAGGCCUUCAGAUUCUGCAGAUCAAAAUGCCACAAAAACUUUAAAAAGAAACGAAAUCCCAGAAAGGUCAGGUGGACCAAAGCCUUCCGGAAAGCAGCUGGUAAAGAACUAACAGUGGAUAAUUCAUUUGAGUUUGAAAAACGAAGAAACGAGCCACUGAAAUACCAGAGAGAGCUAUGGAGCAAAACUGUUGAUGCAAUGAAGAGAGUGGAAGAGAUCAAACAAAAACGCCAAGCUAAAUUUAUCAUGAACAGAUUAAAGAAGAGCAAAGAGCUGCAGAAGGCACAAGACAUCAAAGAAGUCAAGCAAAACAUACACCUUGUUCGGGCUCCACAUGCAGGCAAAGCAAAACGGCUGGAGGAGAAAAUGGUACAGAAACUGCAAGAGGAUGUAGCUAUGGAAGAAGAGUCUUAAAAACCUUGUCCUUGUUUUCCUUCUAUUUUUACCUCCUCAACUUACCGUUUUUUGACUCUCCAGAGUUCUGACUUGUGCAUUAUUGAUUCAUUUGACGUUUGUUCAUUGAAAUGAAAGGUGAUUAAACACACCCUAGAUGCACAUCGUGUGUGUGUGUGUGAGUGAAGCACCAGACAUUCUGUUUGAUUACAUCUUUUAAGGGAAGGUACUCUCAAUUCUUUAUUGGGAGAAAAAUACACUUUACUGAGCAGAAGUUAUUUUGCAAGUCAUCCAAUACUGUUUGUAAUCAUAAAAAUGAGUAAUUGGCAUGAACCAGCUGUCCUGCAGAUAAUGUUUUUGGACAAUACUUUUUGUAAUUCUGUAAUUAUACAAAACCUUAUCAGUGAUGCAUAACACAAAGCCUUUCAUUUGAGAUGAUAUAUACCUCUUUAUUGUCCAGGGAGGGACAGUGUAAUUACCUUUUUAUCUAGCUAAUAAUUCAAGGUAUAAUUGGCUUCAGUGGAAGUUUUCCUCAGUAGACUUUGGCCCAAGGCUUUUCUAGUUUGGUAUGCCAUACCCCUCCAGUGGUGGGUAAAUUGCACCUUUGCACCUACAAGGGAUGGCAGAAUCACAUUUUAUCUAUAUUUACUGCAGUGGAGCAUUAGCUUUUUACUGUAUCCCACUAGGGGAAAAUAGACUGCUUAAAAUGUAACAACGGAAAGGGUUUUUGUGUGUUUUUUCUUUCCAUAUUUAAAAGAACUCUUCUUGAUUUAGCAUAGUCUAUUAGAGCAGCUAACACCGAUGCAAGUUUUGCCGUUUGGAGAAGGCUGCUGAUAGAAUGGUGGCUUCCAGUUUGGAGACUGGAACCAUCACCUGUAUAACCACUGGAACUCAAAUCUGUGCCACAAAACCAGGCUAGUUCAAACAUGCAAUAAAUCUAACUUUUUACCAUGUAUAAUGUAACUUAACGCUUUAGUAAUUAUGUUGACAGAAAAGUUGUUUUAAAGUAUAGGUAUGUUGCAUAUUCAUAGUAGUAUUUUCUUCAUCCAAAGUGUUAUCAGUGUUGCACUCAGAUAAAUAACUUUCAAUGGACAACUGUUUAUCUACACCAGGGUUUCUCAAACAGGGGUUGCCGCUUGUGUAGGGAAAGCCCCUGGCAGGCCGGGCCGGUGUAUUUACCUGCCGCAUCCGCAGGUCCGGCUGGUUGCGGGUCCCACUGGCCACUUGCAUCACCUCCCGUUGGCCCAGAGCCACGAUCGGCUGGACCUGCGGAUGGGGCAGGUAAACACACUGGCCUGGUGCGCCAGGGGCUUUCCCCACACAAGCGGUGACCCUUGUUUGAGAAACCCUGAUGUACACCGUGAUUAGGGAAGCCUUUCAAAAACACUUAAGUAUUAUUUACUUUCUUGUCACUGCUAAUUACACUGAAAAAUCAUAAUCUGCAGUUUCAUUCCUGAUAUGAGUAGGAGGUAAAUUCAAUUGGAAAACUACCUUAUUUCAAAAAUGUAUAUAUGCUGUUUGUUUUAAAUUAAAAUAGAAUUACAGUUCAUACAUUCAAAAAGAGACUCUGGGGAAAACUGAUGUGCAUGGAUU